AUGUCGAACAUCUAUACAGAGAUUGCACGCCUCAAACUCAAUACAGAGCAAAAGUCUGCCCUAAUCUACUACCUCACUGAAAAUGGCGAAGCUGAAGCUAAAGCAGAGAAAGCCUUCACUGCCUGCAACAAUGAUGAAGAGAAACAUGCCUAUCUAAACUUAGUCUUGGCGUCUUUCCACAAAAAUCCUGAGUUAUCUGAAAAGUCUCGCUCAACUGAAAUUGAAUCGGUCAACCUCGUUACUGAUGAUAAAAUAUCCGAGUCUCAUCUAGAAUUUGUUGAAAAGCUAAAGCUCGAUACAUCUGAAGAGCCUGUUUUCGGAAAAUAUGACCCUAAAGAUGCAGAUCUCAAAAGGUUUGCUAAAAAACUGCACCUCGACCAAACGGACUACGCAAGAUUAACGGACAAAGAUAUAGAGAAAUUUUACGAAUUCGUUGGUCCUGAUGUUGCUUGGCCUCCUACAAUAGAUAAAUCCGAGCACUGUCUCAUCUUUGAUUGUUUUGCCCAUCCUGAGGAAAGACAAGACGAAGAAUAUGUAAAAAAUCUUAUUGCAUAUCAGCGCUUCACCGAGGCUGGACAAUUUGAUCCAUCUAAAGGCUUGAUAAUCGACGGAAAGAUAGUCCGUUAUGGACCAAAAUUAUGGGGCAAGGAAUACGAAAAAAUGCUGUCGAAGAAUCCAGGAGCGUUGUACGCGUCUAUUAUCGAAGAGGUACACAUGCAGAUUAGGAAAAAAGCAAAUCCCAAUGUUAUAGGAAUAAUGUCAAAUAUCGAACUAGACACCUCCAUUAAUUGUAAGUAUCGGCUAUUGCUCGAUACUGGUUCCACAUACACAGUUAUACCACAAUUGGUACAGAAAAGGAUGGGGACUCCUGCUGGCUGGAGUGUGAUGCCUACACUCGCUACUGGCUACGCUUCCAACACCAGAAUGUUUAAGAUUUCUGAGCCUUGGGAAGUCAGCUUGGGCGAUGGUGUUAAUUGGACGGAUUGGAUGGUGAUUGAAGAAUUAUAUCUUUGGCAAAAGGGUCUUCCCCCGAAUGUGGUGGAUUGUGGUCUGGUUGGUUUUGAUAUUUUAAAUAACACUUACCAGAUCAAAGUCCCCGGCAAACCAUAUGCUUUUGUUACAGAUAACAAUAUUACUAAUCAAUUACAACAAACUCACAACAGCAUUAAUGGAUCUGACGGAUCUGGCUAG